AUGCGCACACAGCUAGAUUGCGCAGACGAUGAUGAUCUAAUUGAGGAGGCGAUUUCUGUCGAUGACUCGAAGAGUGAAGCGUAUGAGAACUAUGCAUUUGUCAACGUCGUGAGGUAUUGUCCCACAGGAACUUGUCUAGUUUCCGCUGGCGCGGAUGGCAAAAUAUUCGUGUAUGAUGGUGAGAACGGCGAGACUUUAGGAGAAGUUGGCUCACCGGCGCAUAAAGGUGGCGUUUAUGGAGCAGCGUUUUCCAAAGAUGGAUCACGUUUUGUCUCCGCGUCGGCGGAUAAAACCUUGAAAUUAUGGAGAGUCGAUGAUUUGAUUAUAGAAACAGCCCCAUCCUCGUGCGAGGAUAGUGGCAGUGAUUUACUCCCAGAUGGUAGACCGUCUGAUAUGGAGUAUGCAGACGACAUUGAGCUGCUGCCGUCAGCCUGA